AUGUCGGAGGCCGUCGAGGUUGCGGAGGACUACCGCCAUGCUCUGGAAGAUCUCUCUUCCAACAUGAGGUUCGAGAUUAGCAACUUGACCGUGAUUGCGAGAGAGAAUACGGAACACGCCCUGGCCAUUGCCGAGGUUCUUCAGCAACAUAUUUUGAAGGCACCCCCGACGAAAAAAUUGCCCGCCCUCUACGUGCUCGACUCUAUUGUGAAGAAUGUCGGCACGCCAUACACAUUGUACUUUGGUCGGAAUCUAUUCAAAACAUUUAUGGAAUCAUACGCCGUUGUCGAUAACAACGUACGGAGGAAGAUGGAAGAAAUGCUCAAGACUUGGAAGGAUCCUGUUCCUGGAUCUAUGGAUACGCGCCCUGUCUUCUCGCAUGAACUGGUUCGACCAAUAGAGAAUGCCCUAAUGAAGGCUAGAGCUGCGACGAUGCCGCAGCCGGGAGCCAUCCCUGGGCGACCGCGCUCUGCUAUGAUACCUCACCGGAAUACUCCUACGCCUCCGGGCAUGCGAGGGCAACCUGGGGGUCCGGCUGGCCCGUAUCCUCCGCAGCAAUAUGGCUAUCCCAAUGGCGGCAGACCCGGCGAGGCGCCAUACCCUGGCCAACACCAGCAGUUCCCCCCAAGCUCCUCAACUCCUCAACCACAUGGCUCUAUACCGGCCUCUUUCCAACCGCCCCUUUCCGGACCAUAUGGGUCUGUAGGGGCGGGGACACUGGCUGGAAUAAGUGUAGAAACGUUGAGCAAUGACAUUCAGAAUUUGAUUGUUGCCAUGAGGGCAGAGUUCGCACAGAACCCAAAUGAUAAUAGUGUUCAAAACAGACUAAAAGCCCUGCUCGAUCUUCAAGGCGUUGUGCGCAAUACUAGUUUGCCACCUGAUCAGCUGGAGCUUAUUAAAAACAAAGUAACUGAACUUGCUGCCGUGACGAUGAAGGCAACGCCAUCCCAGAACUCGACGCCAGUUCCUGGGUAUGUGCCCCCUCAAAGCCACCCACCUUCUCAUCCUGCGCCUGUAACUCCAGUCCCAGCCUCGGUGCCUGAGAAGAAGCCUCAAGUAACGCUCGAUUCUCUCCUGGGACCAGGAGCAAUGGCAGCACUAAUGGCUAGGCAGGCGGCAGUAUCACAGAAUGCCACUCCUACGCCCCCAUUUCCUAAUGCUCCCAUUCGAUCGCCGCCUCUGACCCAUGCAGAAACACCGAAGCCUCCUCCUCAGAAUCCGAUGUCCUUGCUGGAACAGCUUCGUCAAGCGGGUAUGAUACCGUCUGCUACACCUCCAAGUAGUGGUGCACCAGUUGUCGCCACGCCUCCUCCUCCGCCGCCGCCUCCGUCAAUAUUACCUCCGAACAUUUCCAGCAUAUUGGCUUCGGCAAAGGCAGCAGCCAGCCAACAGGGACUUGAUGGUCUCAAUGGCUCUGUCCUGGACUCGACGUCAUUAAAACAACAAUUCCGCCCCGGUGCUAUUGCUGCUCUCUACGAUAAUCUCGGUCCGCCUUGCUCGCAAUGCGGACGACGAUUCAGGACCGAUGAGGAGGGAAAGCGGAAGAAGAUGGCUCACAUGGACUGGCAUUUUCGUGUUCACCAGAGAACAACAGAAGCCGAGAAGAGGGGCACGCACCGAAGUUGGUACGUGGAUUAUCAGGAUUGGCUUCGCUCUCGCGAGGCAGUAGACUCGGACCAUAUCCCAGCACCUGACGACGGUGCUGGGCAAGCAUCAGAAGCGAACAAGGGACCCAAGUAUAUCCCCGUGCCGGAUCCUGCCAGCGGCAUCAACAAUGUAUGCCCAAUCUGCCAGGAGCGGUUCGAAAAUAAGUGGCUCGACACGGCCCAAGAAUGGGUCUGGCUGGACGCGGUCCUCGUGGGCAACCGAGCAUACCAUGCGUCGUGCCACGCUGAAGCCACGAGAGAUCGCGAAGGCACUCCUGGUCCCUCCCGGCGAACACCCGAGCCUGUUUUGGGCAAGAGGAAGGCCGAAAACACCAUUUCGUCACCGAAAAUUCGGACUUUGAAAACGGCAAUCUUGGAGGCUUUGCGUACCUGGAUGCCUGGGCACAUGGAAUCUUACCACACAAUGAUAAGAGGUCGAUUUGUGGUGGCAUCUGAGCACCACCAGGUCACCGGACAGCGCGUCACAGCACUUAAACUCGCAUACCAUUGCCACCAAGCAUAUCAGCACCGCAUCAGCCCAUACCGCUCGAACCAGAGCCUAUGGACCAUGGCAGUCGACUGUCCCAUAUGCAACAAACCCGUCAAAUCGUCCGAAAUCAACAGCCACAUCGACUCUGGCUGCACAAGCUUCAUCGCCGACAAGGACCCUUCGCCACCUACGUCGCAGCAAAGCGGCACUUCUCAUACCCCCUCCCAGCAGAAGCGCAGUGCGUCGAGCUUCUUUUCGACGCCCGCACCGAAACGAAUACACUCCGAUGGCAAGGCAUUGGCCCCCCUUGUGAACGGGACGUUCUCACCCGUCAUUGGGAAGAAGCGUAGCUUCGAGGAAGGACCCGGUGCUGAGAACGAGGGUUCCGGCCCCUCAGCUGCCGACCAGAAGACCAAGGAAAAUGGCGUGGUAAACGGACAUGGGGAAGACGGGCAGGCUGCAAAGAGGGCCAAGACGCAACGCUCAGCCCCUCUGGCCGAGAGGAUGCGACCCACGACGCUCGACGAUGUGUGCGGCCAGGAUCUUGUAGGGCCCAACGGCGUACUACGAGGCCUCAUAGAGACAAACCGUGUUCCGUCAAUGAUACUCUGGGGCGCGUCGGGCACUGGCAAGACCACCAUCGCGAGAUGUAUAGCCCACAUGGUCGGGAGUCGGUUCGUCGAGCUCAACGCCACGAGCACGGGCGUGUCCGAGUGCAAGAAGCUCUUCCAGGAAGCCGCCAGUGAACUGAGUCUCACGGGCCGCAGGACAAUCAUAUUCUGCGACGAGAUACAUCGUUUCAACAAGGCGCAGCAAGAUGUGUUUCUCAAGCCGGUCGAGGCAGGGACGGUCACCCUGAUAGGGGCGACUACGGAAAACCCGUCGUUCAAAGUCGCCAGCGCGCUGUUAUCCCGGUGCCGGACAUUUACACUUCGGUCGCUCACGGUAGAAGACAUUAUGGGUAUUCUGAAGAGAGCCAGAGCGGCGGAGGAAGCGGUCUACCCGCCAACGCCGCUGAUAGACGAGGAAAUGAUGGGCUACUUGGCCAGGUUCAGCGACGGAGAUGCGAGAACAGCGCUGAACCUGCUGGAGGUGGCGCUGUCGCUGACGACGCGCGAGGGCAUCACCAAGGAAGACAUCAAGUCGUCGCUGACCAAGACGCUCGUGUACGACAGGGGAGGCGACCAGCAUUACGAUUCCAUCUCGGCCUUUCACAAGUCGGUACGGGGCAACGAUGCCGACGCAGCAUUGUAUUACCUGGCGAGAAUGCUACAAUCCGGCGAAGACCCCCUCUUCAUCGCCCGCCGCAUGGUCGUCAUUGCCUCGGAAGACGUCGGUCUGGCAGACAACACCCUCCUGCCCCUCGCGACGGCGACAUUCACGGCCACACAGCAAAUCGGCAUGCCGGAGGCUAGGAUCCCGCUGGCGCACUGCGCCAUUGCGCUGUCCCUGGCGCCAAAGAGCACGCGUGCAUACCGGGCGCUGAAUAAUGCCUACGCGGCAUUGCGCGAGCCGGGUGUUGCCAGUCUCCCCGUGCCGCUGCACUUGCGGAACGCGCCCACGCGACUUAUGCGGGACAUGGGAUACGGCGCCGAGUACAAGUAUCCUCCCAAUUACCGCGAUGGCAAGGUUCGCCAGACCUAUUUCCCAGACGAGCUCAUCGGCCGGAGGUUCCUCGAGGAGAGACACCUGGGCACCGAGGUUGACCCUGAUUUGGUGAUGGGAGAAGACUGA